AUGUUCCACUUAAGUGGGGAUGAGGAACAAUCUAGCUUUGAAAAGCUUAAAGCAGUGUUAACUCAAGCUCCCGUGUUGAUUCAGCUCGAAUCAGGGGAAAAAUAUGUGGUGUAUUGUGAUGCGUCCUAUACUGGCCUUGGUUGUGUGUUGAUACAAGGUGGUAGAAUAGUGGCCUAUGCGUCGAGGUAUUUGAAACAACAUGAGUGCAACUACCCGACUCAUGACUUAGAGUUGGCUGCAAUAGUUUUUGCAUUGAAAAUUUGGAGGCACUACUUGUAUGAGGAGAAGCAUUACAUCUAUAUUGAUCAUAAAAGUCUUAAAUACCUUCUCACCCAAAAAGAAUUGAACCUUAAGCAACAGAUGUUAAGUUUAGUGAAUGAUGGAGGCUUCCUAGCUGAGCUACAAGUGAAACCCAUCUUAGCCAAUGAGAUCAAAACUAAACAAACUUUAGAUGUAUCCUUGUUGCCAUGGAUUAGGAAGGUUAAAGAUGGCAAAACAAAGGAUUAUGAGUUUAAUGAAGAGGGUAUUUUGUAUUACCACGGAAGAUAUUGUGUACCUAAUGAUGUGGACCUAAAGCAAACCAUACUUCGAAAAGUGCAUGCUAGCCCUUAUGGCAUGUAUCUCAGAGGAAAUAAGAUGUACCGGGAUGUAAAAGAGUUGUAUCGGUGGCCUAAGUAG